UAAACAGGGUCCCCGACGGUGACCAGCAGGGGGUGUUAAUUGGAUGCUAGCAUUAACAUGACGGUGUUAGUUUUCGUUUAAUCCACCAUUACUAGCUGCAGCUGAUGCGGUCUCCUUCCAACGAACAGAACUGAGUCAAAAAGUCAACCAUGAACUUCAAUCAAAGACAUUAUGUCGUGUCCAGGCGGCCAACCUUACCUCCUCCCUCCAACAGGACCCUGCAUCAUCGGCCAACCUUACCUCCUCCCUCCAACAGGACCCUGCAUCAUCGGCCAACCUUACCUCCUCUCUCCAACAGGACCCUGCAUCAUCGGCCAACCUUACCUCCUCUCUCCAACAGGACCCUGCAUCAUCCCUCUUUCCACCCUCUGUACAUGAUCUCAGGCUUGGAAAACCACAACACACACUGCUACAACCACACAGUCCAUCCCAUCAUUACCCCAGCAGAGUUGUUCUACACUGAUCCCAGCAUGAUCUGUGGGAGGAGGAUCCCCAACGUAGUGAGUGAGUUGAGGGUCUUAAACUGCUUCCAGCUCAACACUCCACCGCCUCUUAUGUCCGCCUGCCAGGCCCCGUCGGUUCAUCCAGAUCCAUUCCGAUCUGGACCAAACCCCACCGUAGAUCUCGGUGGUCUCACCUUGAAAAUGGAUCGCCUCCGCCCUCAAGUGAAACCAAGCCUGCUAGUCCUCCAGAUCACUCAGGAGGAAGAUGACACCAUUACUAACCUCCUGAAACUGCACUACCAAGAGCCUGAUCAGAGUGAUGAACCUUCAGAGUCCACUUCACCUGAAUGUGCAUCCAAGCCCCUGCAUCCAAAUGAGGCCAGUUUGCUCGGACAUGAGGGGAGAUGUUGGUCAGAAACAGAGCUCGAGGCAGCUAACACCCUCUUGAACGGCUUUAGCCUGAUGGAGGACGAAACAUCAGCAGAAACACUUCCACAUCCUCUACCAGACCUCCCCCAAGGAUCAAAGACGUCCCCUGCUUCCACACAAAACGUCCAAGAGGAAGGAGGACCAGGUUGUGGGGAUUACUUGUCACAGUGCAGGUUGAGCAUCUCUGAAAAUGUGUUGGAUACAAAGAAGCAGAUGCUCUCUGAUUCUGAGGGAGAUGCUGUGUGUGUUCUCCUGAGCCUCGGAGACAUGGCAGCACAGUGAGUGCAGUGAUUAUCAUGAAACUACGUGUUAAUGGUUCUUUUAUCUGGUUGCUUGGAAAAGUUUGAACCCAAAUGUACCUCAAAAUCUUAUUUUUGUAGGAUUGGAGUUUUAUUUACCACUUUAAAAGUCCAGGUUGGAAUAAUGCACAUUUGCAGUGUUUAUUAUUGUACAAUGUUCAAUAAAAGAAUUUAAAAAGUUGA